AUGCCGGCUCACCGAGCCCGAUUGGCAUUCGAGCCAAUGGCUCCUGAUCUUGAUAUUGAUUAUGUUGUUGAAACAACGGAGAAUUUUCAAUUUGCAGACCGAGUCACUUGUGACUCGCUCGAUAGAUUCUCACUUGAGCAAUUCGAAAAGCUCGCCCAUUUUCAAGUGGUUUUGACUGGCAGACCGUUGGUUGUGGAAGGGUUUCAGGAAAGGCUGGACCAAGCUCUAUUUUCGGAAAAGUGGCUUCGAGAGACAUACUCUUCAAAAGUCGAAGAUGUUCGUGAUCUCAGACAGAAAAACAGCAAGCCUUUUACCAUAGGUCAUUAUUUGAAAAGCCUUCCGAUCUUGUCCAGAAAGAUCAACCGUGAUAACUACAUGGACAAACAUUGCCAGCGCCUUUACAUGAAGGACAUCGAUUGUCCCUCUGAAUGGCGAGACCAUCUUGAACAGCUGGUUCCUCCUUCUCUCUUCUACCUCAACGAUUCCCCAAAGCCUUUCUCCGGGCCUGCAUCUUCUGAUGCGAACAUGCAAUCACACCCAAAAUCCUCAGAAGGCGAACCACUUGCCCCAGCGGGUGACUUGAUGAGCAGCCUUCCCCCUGACAUGCGGGCCGAAAACUUGAUGUGCUACAUUGGCCAUGAAGGAACUUACACACCAGCUCAUCAGGAGAUGUGUGCUAGCCUUGGUCACAAUAUAAUGGUAGAUGCCUCGGAUGGUACCCCGGAGAAUGGUCAAAAUACAGAGCCUGGCUCGUCGAUCUGGUUCAUGACGGAGAGAAAGGAUCGACACGUGGUAUCAGAGUACUGGAUGUCCGUCCUAGGGCACGAUAUCGACAUUGAAGACUUUUUCGCUCCCUUGCACGCCUGGGUGAUUGCUCCCUUCAAAACAUGGGUCGUGCACCAGAAGCCUGGUGAUCUCAUUCUCGUUCCACCUCUCGCGGCUCACCAAGUUUGGAAUCGUGGGACACGCACCAUCAAGGUGGCGUGGAAUCGGACUACGAUUGACACGUUAGAGCUCGCUCUAGGUGAAGCAUUGCCACACGCGAGAAUGGUUUGCCGCGAUGAGCAAUACAAGAACAAAGCGAUUGUAUUUUUUACACUGGAGCGGUAUGCAAAGUUGUUACGCCAGGCAUCCAAGGUCGAACACCCGGUGGUUGACCAGUUGUGGGACGCCUUCAAGCGUCUUUUCAAAAUGUACAUGAGCAUUCUGUUAUCAGAAACAUUUUCUCGCAAGAGCCCGGAGAAGGAGGUUGAGUAUCAUGCCUUCCAGAGCAAUGUGACUUGCUCGUACUGCAGAUGCAACAUCUUCAACCGCUUCCUUACCUGCCCUAGCUGUGCCUAUUCGCUCGGUGGGGAUGACGACCCAUAUGACGUAUGCAUGGACUGCUAUGUUAUGGGAAGGAGCUGUGGAUGUAUUUCCAACCUGAAAUGGGUGGAGCAAUUUCACUGGAAGGAAUUGACGGAGCGUUACGAGUCAUGGCGGCGUUUGAUCCUUUCUUCUGAUCCUGGAAACAAGGAUCUGAAGAACGAAUUCCCUACUUUUGUUAUCGCUCGAGGGAAAGCCAUCACGAAAACGACAGCCGAAAUCUGUCAAGAACAACUGAAGCGUCGGCCGUGGAAUGACCCCAACAAGCCCAAUGCUAUGAAGAAUCCCGAAAUACUUAACACAGUUAGUGGAUCAGAGGACGACAGUCGACCUCGAAAGCGAAAAAAGGUCCGGAAACCAAAAAAGCUGGGUUCAGAAGAUGUUCAUCGCUGUCACGUCUGCCUCCAUUUUGAACUCAAUUGGAAGCUUGCCACUUGUUCGAAUUGCGAUGCACGAUACUGCUAUGGCAGUCUAUUCAGGGCCUUUGAAAUCUCACCACAAAGCGUCAUGGAGAAAUACCACUGGUUAUGUCCAAAGUGCGAGAAGAUCUGCAGCUGCGGAGGAUGCAAGCGUGAUUCAACCAUGAGGCCAUAUGAGCCGAACUGCACUGUGCUCGGGCAUGAUACAAGCAAGGUCGCAGAUUUCAGGAGCGUCGAAUCUCUGGUAGAUUUUCGCAAAUCGAACCUGUGGUGGCUGAAAAAGUUCGGUGACGAUGUCCAUGGGCGGAUCAAGAAGCACCAGGACGAAGCUGUGUCCGCUGAUCUCGAACGCCAGAAGACUCUAGAAGAGCAUGGGUUCCUCUUUGAGACCAGUCCCUCCGAUCAACAAACUCAAACAAGCAUUGGCGGGCUCACAGCUGAAAGCAACACAGAUGAUGCCGAAGAAAUACCCGUUGACCCCUCAUUGAUGCUCGAGUCUUUUGUGAGCAUUGAUUGA